AGCCUGGCAGGGUCAGUCCCCUACCAGAUCCUUGGACCAUGGCUGUGUGGGGCCUGGGAGGUCGCCUUGGCUUGCGCGGGUGCCUCGGCGCCCGCAAGCUAUUGUGUCCCCGUUUCCAGAGCCGCGGCCCCCAGGGCGUGGAAGACGGGGACAGGCCACAGCCUUCCUCGAAGACACCCAAGCUCCCCAAGAUCUACACCAAAACAGGAGACAAAGGGUUUUCCAGCACCUUCACCGGAGAAAGGAGACCGAAAGACGACCAGGUGUUUGAAGCCGUGGGAACUACAGAUGAAUUAAGUUCAGCCAUUGGGUUUGCUAUGGAAUUAAUUGCAGAAAAGGGCCACCCGUUUGUGGAAGAGCUUCAGAAAAUCCAAUGCUCCCUGCAGGACGUCGGCUCUGCACUGGCAACACCGCGCUCCUCAGCCAGGGAGGCUCACUUAAAACAUGCCACGUUCGAGGCAGGGCCCAUCCUGGAGCUGGAGCAGUGGAUCGACAGAUACUCCAGCCAGCUGCCCCCACUCACGGCUUUCAUCCUGCCUUCCGGAGGCAAGAGCAGCUCCGCACUGCAUUUCUGUCGGGCCGUGUGCCGCCGAGCUGAGAGACGCGUGGUGCCUCUUGUCCAGUCCGGUGAGACGGAUGCAAACGUGGCCAAGUUCUUAAACAGACUCAGUGACUAUCUCUUCACGUUAGCCAGAUACACAGCCAUGAAGGAGGGGAAUCCAGAAAAAAUAUACAAGAAAAAUGACUUGUCGGUCCAUGCCUGAGGCGCUUGGAAAUAAUGGAAAAAGGGAGCUUUGCAGACUCCUCCACAGUGACAACGGGAAAGGAAGACUUUGCCCUCGUGUCCUGAUUCCUGAAGAUCUCACCCAGAGGGGCCAGAAGCUGGUCUUUUGUCCAGACUCCGCUUCCUCUCAGGGUCCCCCACUUCCUUCAGGAGCUGAGGCCGGUGGAGAAUUCUAGCCCCUUCCCCUGGGCUCUCCUCAGCCUUCCAAAAAAGAAUAAAAGUGGGAAAGGCUUGAGGGUGUGUGUGGGGUGUGUCUGUGUGGGUGUGUGUGUGUGAGAGAGAGAGAGAGAGAGAGAGAAAGAGACAGAUGCCCUCCACUGGCAGCUCAUUUGGAAUGGUACCAGAGGCCCUUGGAAAUGUAAUUGUGAUUUACCUGUGCCAAAGGGGCUUUAAAAUGUCACAUUUAUAAAGAGUAAGGCAGACAGGAUUUGGAGUUUAGUCACCUCUGAGCCACUCAUCAAGGGGGAAGGACGGCUGCAGACUGACAGGCGAGGCCUCGGAAACACUUGGACUGAAGUACAUGUGUGGCGAGGGUGCAGCCCGGAGAAUCUUCUCUAAAGGGGAGCCUUCCUCCAUCAAGGGACGGACAUCCUGGGGAGAGGAACACCACCACUUUAAUGAGGGCAUGUCCUGCCUGGGCAGGUGGCGUCCAGGGUCAGAGGUGAACUGCGUUCAGCUUCAGACUAUAAGCUCUUAUGUUUCCAGCGACACUGACGCAGACCAGACCUACUUCUCUAAUGUUGCACUUGGCUGGUUUAUGCCUCUGAGAUCCGGGCCACAGCUGUAUUUUAUUUCAGUUGUCACUGCUGCUCCCUCCCGCUAGGAAGUGACCCUGCCAGUGCCAGCUGUGUCCUUGGGAAGGGGGAUAUUUAUGAAGGGCGAGGAGGCAGCCCUGAGAACCUGAAGACUCCACGCCACUAAUUGCAGGAAACAACUUGGGAAGGGCAGGCUCUCACUAACUGUCAGGGCGGAAACGCCCAGUGAACUCCAUCCAGCCAUCAUUUAUUAGCCUGAAGCUCGGAAGUCUGGUCCCUCCAGCCAUCCUUGCCAGCAGUUAGGAAACAUUAAAAUGAUGAGUUUUGUGCUAGCUUUGCUUUCGUUCUUAACCACCUUACCUGCUCAUUUUGUUGGAGGAACAUCAUUAUCUCGUCCCUUCUGGGUCCUUUUUGUUCCUGGACUUGGGCAAAGUGGCUGAGGUGCAGGUGACCGUGAGUGAAAGUGAAAACCCUCCAGGAAGUGGCCCCGGCCAGCAGUUGGCGCCAGGUCUGGUGCAUGGUGGGCACUCGGCCUGUGUGAACAGAACUGAGAACAUUACAGAACAGGCUAAAGGUGGUUCACUGUCGGGCAGGCACUCAGGCUGGACCGGGGAGGGUUAUGUUCCAAGAGCCCACAGCAAAUCCAUCAAGUGACUAGGUCCUGCCCACACCUUAGCAUCUUCCUGGAAGGAGCAGGACGUACAUAAUAAAAAGUCCCACAUGCCCCACUGUAGUGAAACAUCUGCAAAGGACAAGAGGAGUUCUUUGAGUAGAUACAGCGUCCUCAUGGGAUGAUCUCUGAAACAAGGCCUUUUCCUGUAGCCAUAUCCCCUCCCCAGCAGCCCUUGCUGGGAGGGGCUGUCGCAGGCCAGAUGGUAACUCUGGGUUCCCAGGUCCCACACCCCCUGCAUCAUCCCUUCCACCAGCAAACAUCCCCGAGAAACAAACACCCCUGAGAAACAUGCAGGUGCAGGCAUGUCCUGUGCUACUGACCUGGGAAGAACUGAGGCGGCCUGCUGGGGAAGGGCUCGCCCAGGGGACGGGUCAGUUUGAAACUUUCGCUCCUCUGCUGUACCUUACAUAGCCAUGUGGGAGCUGGAAGCAAAAGGAAAAAUGUGUUCACUCCCGUACACUUAGCAAAACAUCCUCCCCGGUCUCGAACCCAGUGGGAAAAGUUAAUGAAAACUCUGUGAUCGAAACACAUGACUGUAUAUAAAGCCCGUCUGCAACCGCUGUCAACCCUUGUAAAUGGUCGUCCGCAUCACACAGCAACGCAGGUCGGGAGAGAAAUGGCAGGCUGUUUUUACUUAUAAUGGUGAUACCUUGUCGAUCAUAGAUUUUGUUUUUGCAUAAAUUUGAUUUUUUAAAAUAUCGCGGUGAGGAACUUUCCUGGUGGUCCAGUGGUUAAGACUUCACCUUCCAGUGCAGGGGGUGUGGGUUCGAUCCCUGGUCAGGGAGCUAAGGUCCCAAAUACCUUGCGGCCAAAAAAAACCAAAAACAUAAAACAGAAGCAAUAUUGUAACAAAUUCAAUAAGGAUUUUAAAAAUGGUCCACAUCAAAAAAAAAUCUUAAAAAAAAAUACUGCAGUGGAAAAAAUUCUGUAAAAAAUUGCAUGAAAGUUAUUUCUCUUGCUUCCUGGAUUUGGGGGUGUUCCCAUACAUUUUGCACCCAAGAAAGUGCUCCACCUGCCUCUCCCUGGUCCAGGUCUGGCUCUCAGGAUCGUAUUUAGGGCCACAGUCAGAGGUGGUUGGAUAUUCCAGCGGCGAGAAGCCCACCAGCCAGCAUUGUCGAAGGGCUUGACAUGCCAGGCCCCAGGCCAGGGGCUCCACAAACAUCAUUGCAUUGAAACCUCACAGCAACCCCGAGGGAGGCACUGUCUAUGGCAGGAGGGGGGAAACAGACUUGCAAACCAGUUUGUGUCAGGGAGUCAGUGCCAAGAUGUGGGCCAGGGACGCAGCCCUGUGACUCCCGGCCCAGUGCUCCUCCCCCCACUGCCACUUGACAGUCAUUUUAAUCACGCCCUGGGCCGCUGAGAACAAUGUCAGGCACUAAUAGAUUCUGCUGUCUCAUUUCUCAACCUACUUUCCCUUAACUGAUACUUCAUGGCUAUUGUUAAUGUGCAUUUUUCACCGAGUAAUUUUCGUAACCCGAACUUGUAACGCAUCCCAAUGACAAACGUCCCCGGUACCAAAUCCCCCAUCAGCCGCAAUGUCACCCUCAUCUCCCCCCACCGCACCCUCACACCUUCCUCCGACAACCCCUACAGUUUUAUGAUCCCUCUGUCCCAGUUAUCAUUACUGAACCUUUAAGAAUCCAGACACAUUUCAAGUUUAAUUGAAUAAAAUCCUUUGUGUAAUAAAUUCCACAUGAAUGCUACAUAAAUCAGUGCCUUGGGAGGAUUUGUGGCUCACCCCUCCCUUUAGAACAGGCCCACUGGCGAUACUGGACCCACGCUGGUCCCACCUUGCUUAGGGAGAGGACUGAGGCCCCCUUUGCAGCCCAGCCAGGGUGCAGUGUUCAUUUGCCUUGACCUGUCACUUUUCUUCUCUGGAGUCCAUCGUGGAAGACAAUGCUUGGGUGCAAGCAGAGGCAGGAGAUGAGCUGGUUGGGGACACCGGGAUUUGGAAGGUUGGGGGACACCCAGGAACUUUGGGGGUGUCCCGGUGCUCUCCCACUCCACAGAUUCACAAACUCCUGAUGAAGGCUCUGUGCAUCCUCUCCCACCGUAGUGAAACAUCUGCAAAGGACAAGAGAAGUUCUUUGAGUAGAUACAGCAGUCUGCGUACAACCCGUGGAAGCCCCGGGGAAGAACCUCUGCUCUCAGUUCUCAAGUGCAGCACCCACUUCAGGAGUGAGUCCGUGCACAGGGCUGCCUGCUCCAGCGGCCUCAUUGCUGGCUCUGCGGAGCCCCAGGCUUGUGGUGCGAGAACAGUCAAACGCUCGGCAUGGGUGUCAGCUUCAGGCAGACUUGGGUCCAAGACCAGCUCUGUUACUUCCUAGCAUCACGACUCUGGGCAAGUCGUUCCGUCUUCCUUGGACUUGCUUCUUCAACUGUAAAAUGGGAAUGAAAAUCAUAUCCCCCCCACAGGACCACUGGGAGAGUUUAACGAGGCAAUGUUUAAAAGGCUUAGCAUGCUCCCCCGUCUCAUGUUAGCUAUUAUUGUUUUGAUUAUUAUUAUUUGAAAUCAAGUUCCAGCUCUGUCACUUCCUAGCUGAGUCACCGUGAGGGCAUCUGUAACCACUCUGAACCUCAAUCUUCAGCUUUUAUUUUUGGGGACAAUGAUACCAACUUCCAAGGGUUCAGGAAAUAUGUCCAUGGGCCUGGCACACGGCAGCAGCUCAACAAAAAUAAAAUGUAGCUACUUUUGAAUCAGGUUUUAUCCUUUUUCAAAGCACUUUCAAAUAGCUCAGGCCCAGGUGGAGCGCACAGGACCGGGAGUAGCACCUCUGGUUUGUUAAGACUUCCCGAGCCGGUGGGAGAUGGGGGCCUCCAGAGGGUCCUGGGCCAGGCCAGCCCAGGGGGAUGUGGCUCCAGGAGCAACAGGCCGAAGUGAAAGGGAGGGUGACCCGGUCACAGAACAGCGAGAGCCAAAAGGGAUCAGUGCCCGAGGACUCCCUGCGGGCAGCAGCAGAACCUGGUCUUCGGAUUCCCACAAGGUGCCCUCUUGGGACAGAGGACAUGAUUGACAAAUAACUGGGGCAGAGGAGGAGACGAGGGGACCUAAACCCGGGAGAAGCCCCCUACAAGCUACCUCUCUGAGGAAGGGUGAGCAGCAGGCCCGCUCAGCGUGCACCAGGGCAAAGGCAGCCUGGGGAAGGGAUUGAAUAAAUGGCAGAAAGGCGUCCAGCUGACCCAGGACCUGGGGGUCCUCCCCGCACCAGCUGCUCCCAAGGCACAAACCCUUGGCCCUUGUCUUUGGCCAUCUGCAGUGCCCACGUCCCUCCCCAGUGAGCAGGUGCCUUUAUUUACGAUCACCUUGGAAAGGGUCGAGCAGACAUAUGUUGCUGAGGGUCGUUUAUUCUUGUUUAUAAAAUUUAUGGCUUCACCUCGAUUACACACUGUCAAAACGGGAAGGAUUGGCCCCAAAGUCUCUUGCCGCAUGACUGCCUCAGACGUGUGUACAUCUGUUAACUCCGUAGGAGCUGUAGAGGGAAAUCAGGCUGCCGAUAGCUCAGAAGCUCGCUGUCCCGUCACAAGGUGUGGGCUGCAGGCCUCAAGGAGAGACAUCAGGCGCCUACGUGGAAGGGGAGGAGGUUGGGGUCUGCGGGG